UCUUCCCGGAUGCUGCAAGGCUACAACUCACCGUUCGAUGCCACGGUCACAAAGCUCCUGAAGGAUGCCGGGGUCGCCUCACAUAACCUUCGAACCUGCCAUAGUAUGGACGAGUUCGGCAUGGGAUCUCACUCGCAAUAUGCUCAUGAAGGAGCAGUCAAGAGCAUAUACAGCCGUGGGGGCGUGGCUUUGUCGCCGGGAGGCAGCAGUGGUGGCAGUGCCGUCUCUGUGGCCAAAGGCGAAUGUGACGUGGCACUGGGGACGGAUACUGGAGGGUCAGUCCGAUUACCAGCAGCAUAUAUGGGUGUGCUUGGGUUCAAGCCGUCUUACGGCCGGAUUUCGCGGUGGGGUGUCAUCCAAUAUGCGAAUUCUCUGGAUACUGUUGGCAUCCUGGGGCGACGCACAAGUGAGCUCCGUCGGAUCUUCUCGAUCCUUGACCAGCACGAUCCUCAAGACCAGACUUCACUUUCCGAAUCGCUGAGACACCGCAUGCGAUCGACUCGAGCACACACCCCCCUGUCGCGUCUUAGGAUUGGCAUCCCACUCGAGUACAACAUUGAAGAACUCAGCCCUAUCGUCCGAGCGACCUACCUCGCGACGCUUCAUACUCUCCGCAGAGCGGGCCAUACUCUACACCCCGUCUCUCUACCCGGUACACAAUCCGCGCUCUCGGCGUACUACGUUCUCGCACCAGCCGAAGCGUCUUCCAACCUUGCCAAAUACGACGGCAUACGAUACGGACAUCGAACGACUCCUCCCGACGCAAGCCCUCACGCCGACCCACCGCUCCCAUUAUACGCAAAGACCAGAGGAGAAGGCUUCGGAGAAGAAGUCAAGAGACGGAUUCUGCUAGGAUCGUACACACUGAGUGCGGAUGCUAUGGACAACUACUUUAUUCAAGCACAACGGAUCAGAAGACUUGUGCAGCGUGACUUUGACCGAGUCUUUGCGCAGCAGAACCCCUUGUUAGAUCCUAGGGCCGGGUCGGGAGAAGAGGAGACGAAAGUCGAUCUGUUACUGGUGCCCACCGCUCCGACCCUUCCGCCGACUAUUGAGGAGCUUGCGAGGCAAUCUCCGCUGGAGAGUUACAUGAAUGAUGUUUUUACUGUACCCGCCUCACUGGCAGGCCUGCCCGCGAUCAGCAUACCCGUUUCGGUGCCUGGCGAUGAAGGAUUGAAGUUGGAAAGCACGGAUGUGAGGACAGCUGGAAUGCAGCUCAUUGGGCAGUUUGGCGAUGAUGAUCUUUUACUCGGUGCCGCACAGCAUUUGCACCACGAGCUACUGGUAGAUGAGAGCUGA